AUGGAAAAAGCAGAGCGGCGGGAACGACCUCGUCGUCAGCGCCAACAUCACCCUGACGGUGCAAGUUUUCUUGGCAUAAAAAAGGACAUAAUCUUAUCCGUUCUAGUUGCUGUUAUCACCACAUUCUUCCUCUCUAGCCAAUGGCACGCAACACCCCCUUAUCACCAGCAUGCCCACGCUCAGCAUCAGCUUAGCGCAGCGGAUCUGGAAUACGGUCUCACGCAAUGCGCACUGAACCAACAACGUCCGGUCGUGGACACCACGCUGGCAGCCUCCCGCCUAGCCGCGCGAUCCAGUGCCGGUAAGCGCACGAUCCUGCAUAACGCUACGCUGAUCAACGGUGAUGGCGAAGUGACUUACGACAGUGUCAUCGAGAUACAAGACGGCAUCUUCACCGCAGUUACCACCGCCUCUUCCCUGGGGCUUGUUUCCGCCGGGGAUGAGGUGAUCGACCUGCGGGGCCGUGUGGUAACGCCGGGGCUCGUGGACAUGCACUCGCAUGUGGGGGUUCGGGAGACGCCGCAACUAUGGGCGACGGAGGACGUGACGGAGAUAUCGGCCCCAGUGACGCCGUGGGCCCGCGCCAUCGACGCAUUCAAGCCGCACGACGGAGCUAUCCCCGUCAUCGCCAGUGGUGGCGUCACUACCUCCCUCGUCCUGACUGGUGCCAAGAACCUGAUCUCCGGCGAGGGAGUCGUCGUUAAGAUGAAGCGUGCAAACUCCAUUCAAGGCAUGCUGCUUGACACACCCGCAGUUGGAAGUGGUGGGGGUAAGCCCCAGCGAUACCUUAAGAUGGCUAUGGGCGAAAACCAGAAGCGCCAGUUCGAGCAUGUGGCUGGCGGUCCGUCGACGCGGCUUGGUGAGUCGUACUGGUUCCGCAAAGCAUACGACACCGCAUCCCGCCUUAAGCACGAGCAAGAUCGAUGGUGUGAAGCCGCAUCAACAGCGCAUGGGCUAGCCUCUCUCAAGCAUGAGUACCCGCGCUCGCUAGAAUGGCAAACACUCGUUGACGUUUUGCGCGGCGACUUGCGCGUCAACGUGCACGGGUACGAGACAGAGGAUGUCUUAGCCAUGUUCGACCACGCGGACGAGUUCGGGUUUAAUAUCACAGGGCUCCACCACGCACUACACUCCGAUCUGCUCAUGGACCAGAUCAAAGAGCGCGAUAUUGCCGUCGUCGCGUUUUCGGACACGUGGGGCGAUAAAAAGGAGCUUUAUAACGUGAGCUCAUACUUGCCUGCUACGAUUGCGAAUAACGGCAUCCCGUUCGUCCUUACGCGCGAUCAUCCUGCAGAGCAUGGCCAAUGGUUGAUUUAUGAGGCGCAGAUUGCGCAUCAUUUUGGCUUGGAUGCGGAGAGUGCUGUUAUGUCUAUCAUUGGGCAUCCCGCCCGUCUGCUUGGUUUGGAUAAUAGACUUGGAUUUAUAAAACCUGGUUACGACGCUGACCUCGUGGUUUGGGACCGACAUCUUUUGCAAGUUGGCGCUACACCCCUUGAUGUGUACAUCGAUGGAAAGAGUGUAGCUCGCGCCUCCGAAAGUGUAUGGAAGAUUUCGGAAUCUCCUUCAUUUGUUAAGGAGGCACCGGCUUCGCGCCCUGACAAUAUACCCGAAAGCUCAUGCAAACCGGGUCAAUCUGAUGUCGUUGUGCGCGGCUUAAAGAUGAGCUUCAUCGGCGAAGAUGGCAUACGAAGCGAACAGCCUGAGUCAGGAAACAUUACUGUUGUCGUACGCGAAGGUCGCAUCGCGUGUGUCGGUGGAAGUCAAUGCGAAAAUUCAGCAAAACAAGCAGUGGAAGACAAUGUUCCCUCCAUCGACUUGCAAGAUGGGUACAUGCUUCCUGGACUUACAGUUGUCACCCGCCAACAUGGUCUGACGGAAAUGCGCCAAGAACCAUCAACAUCGGAUGGCGCAUCGUUAGGUGAGGAAUACGCAAAGCCUAUUUCAAGCAGGUUCGGGAUCAAAUUUGAUGGAAUACAUCUUGGGAGGGGUUAUCGUAGCGGUGUCACUCGAAUUGUAACUCCACCACUAACGACAGGCUUCUUCCACGGAAUCAGCACUUUGUUCCGUUCAGGGGCAAAAAGUGUGCUCGAUGACGGCGCGAUCGUCAAACCCAGCGCCGGUCUUCAUUUUACAAUCGGACAUGGCGCAAAAUCAUAUCAAACGCCAUCUAUAACGUCUCAGAUAAGUAAGCUACAUGACUUACUCACUGUAGACAAGCAUAUCCACCCCAUCUAUGAAAGCGCAGCGAAGGGCGAAAUCGCGGUGGUUAUUCAUACGAAUAACAAAGAUGUCAUCGCACACUUAAUAGCCCUGAAAAGGGAAACAGGCGCACAUAUCGUCAUUAUGGGCGGUUCAGAAGCACACUUGGUAGCCUCUGAGCUCGCUGAGGCCGACGUACCGGUCAUCGUCGCGCCUUUUUGGGGAUGCGAACCCCUAUUCUGGGAUGCGCGCAACUGUCUUCCAGGUCCACCGCUCACGGACCGGCUCGGGCCACAAGUACUGAUCGAUGCAGGUGUAAAGGUCGGUAUCUCGACCUGGGACGACACAAACAAUCACAUCCGGAACAGCAUCUGGGAAGCCAGUUGGAUUGCCGGUCCAGGAAACCACAGUCUAGCACUCGACCUCGUGUCGAAGAACAUCGAGGAUAUCCUGCAACUUCCGCGCAGUAAAGAUUUUGUGGUCUAUGAAGGAGACCCGUUUAAUUUCGGGGCCCGUGUCGCGUUGAUAUUCGAGGAGGGCAGAGUUCAGAGUUGUUAUCCAAGCGUCGACGAAUCGAUAUAAGUGUUAUGCCAACACUCAUUUUGCUCACUUCAUUCGCCAUAAUUCAUAUCUCGGAUUUAUGGU